CCAAAAAACUUCCCUCGAAUUCAUGAAGUGAGAAGCGGCCAUGUGUAAAUUCCAAAGGACAUGAGGUAUUACAAAAUUUUCUUAGGAAAAAUAAUCAUACAAAACUGUACUAGGUGCAGUGGUAAUUAAUCUCUAGCACUGUUUUUUUUAAUUAAUGUAACAAACAUAUCUCAUCUUAACGAAUAUACAAAAAAAAACUUCGAUUAACUAAAUAGAUAUUGAGGUUGUAAUUACUGCACUAAAUAAUGAAAAAAACUACACUUGAUGUCCCAUUCUAUAAAUAUGUCAAAAGUCACAAGAGACAAAAAGCAGAAGAGAAAGAGGUUGGAGAUAAAACCCAAAAGCAACAACUCUCCUUUUUUUCUUCCUAAAAAAGCAGAGCCAUCUUUUUUGUGGUUUGUUUGCAAGUGAAGAUGUUCAGAUCCAAGUCAUGCAGAGAAGAGAUCAGAAGUAGCAGCAUCACCCACAAGUACCAUUGCUUCAGUCAUGGAGGAAAAUCAGAAGCAGAAGCAGCACCAAGCCCAACAAACACAAACCAGCAGCCACCAGUGAUGAUGAGAUCAUACAGCACAUCAACUUACAAGAAUCCAACAAUUGUGAGAGACGAUUCCAACAGUAAAUCCAAGAGAAGCAAUAAGGUGAAGAAGAAAGGGUUCACGGGUUUGUGUGAGGCAGAGAUUCAGAGAAAGAAGAGAGUGGCUUCUUAUAAUGUGUAUGGUGUUGAAGGGAGAGUGAAGGGAUCUAUGAAGAAAAGCUUCAAAUGGUUCAAGGAGACUUGUUCAAAUGCUGUCUAUGGUUUGUGGUGAUCCAACCACAAAUCUUCUCAAUCUUCUUCUCUUGUUGCCGCAUUGCUCUGUCUGUUUUUUCAUUCUUGUUCCAAGUAUGAUGAUUGUUGUAAUAUCUUAAGCUACGAUAAAUAUAUUUUUGAGCCUUAAA